UCAAGUUUUAAUUCUGGAAACCAAUUUCGCUUGUUAUUUAAGAAGAUUCGCAUGAAAGCGGCUCUUGUGAAACAGUGUUACAAUUGUAUCUCCUUUGAUAAGAUCAACAUAAAUCUCUGCAAAGAAUGGACAGAUUACUUUUGACUUUGUUGGCGAUUAUGACGUUUGUGGCGGUAGCUGUUUCUGACAAUGGAUGUGGACCCCGGAAAACAUGUACAUCGGAUAGUCAAUGUCCUUCCAAGUGGACUUGUCUUGGUGGCUAUUGUUAUAAAUGUGGGUGCCAGAACAAUGCAACUCAAUGCUACCUUGACGGCAACAGCUGGGCAUGUAACUGUACUGGUACAGGUGGCUAUUAUGGAACCGACUGUAAGUGUCCACCUGAAAGCACAGAACCAUGUACAGACAGAUAUUCUAUGUACAGUACUUGCCAAGAGUUCUCUGGUUCGUUCACGGAACUACCUGGUCGUAGACUACAUAUAGAAACAGGAGACGGACUUCCGGUCGUGUAUGACGGGUACGAAACCAGCUACGACAAUUGCAGAAAUUUAUGUUUACAAUAUGAUUGCCAUUUACAUGUGUACGGGGCAGACGACUGCGUGAUUAUUGACAAGGACCACUCCAUGCCGCUCGAUCAUAUCAUGUUCAGAUUUAGGGAGGCGGGCGAUUAUUCGAUAUAUGUUAGAGAAUGUAAUGUUUGCUAAACUGUAAAAGAAGCUGAAUGGACUUAAAGUUGCACGCCUGUAGAUGAUUUAAAAAUUUCUAAAAAUAAAUCUAAUAAAGUAUCAUUAUGUGA